CCUAAUUGUUUAAAUUUUUAGAAUGUUCCAUGGUAAAUGAUCUUAACGGCAAUUGCAUUAACAUAACAAGAUGCCCAACGUUUCAUUAUCCAUUAAAAUAUGAUAUGAAAAAUUCUUCUAUUGUCAAUUAUCUCAGAAGCUUCGAAUUCGAAAAAGAGGAUAAUUUCACUUAUUACCCCAAGGUAUGCUGUCCAUUGGAGAAUGAACCUACCACCUACACUGAAACUUCUCAAAGGACGACUACUCCCAAUAAUGAUUCAACAAUAUCAGAAAAUUACAAACUAGAUCAGUUAAUCAAAUGGAAAGCUUGUGGACGGAUAAUUCCUACUUCCAGUGGAUAUAAAGGAGGAACAAUUAGUAACUUAGCUUGGUCCUGGAUGACAAGACUUGGGUAUCUAAAUCCUAGUAUGCCAAAUUCAAAAUACGAAUGGAAGUGUGGUGGUUCAUUGAUAUCAGAUAGAUACGUAUUAACAGUUGCCCACUGCACCGUUCGUCUUGGAGUGUAUUGUUUGGCUGUUGUGCGUUUAGGUGAUUUUAAUUCAGAGACAAUAAAUACUAGAACAAUGGAUGUUGCAAUUUCACGUGUCAUAAGACAUAAAGAAUAUAACGCACAAAAAUUUACCAAUGAUAUUGCAUUAUUAAAAUUAAGCAACAGUGUUAGAUUCAAUUUUUUUAUUCAUCCUAUCUGUUUACCAAUCUUAUCGCAUCACAGUACCAAUACGUUCGUUGAAUCUGAUCUAUUUGUUACAGGAUGGGGUUCCACGAGGUUUGGGGGACCACAAUCUUCUUCUCUAAUGGAAGGUCGAGUACGCGUGAUGGACAAUUCAGGAUGUAUAGGAGCAUAUGCCAAAAAGAAAUUCGUUAUCGAUGAUGGAAUGUUGUGUGCUGGAUCGUUAACGGGCGAACAAGACGCUUGUCAGGGAGAUUCCGGAGGUCCCUUAAUGUGGCUAAAUGGUAAUCAAUUUUAUGAAGUGGGUAUUGUGUCUUUCGGAUAUAAAUGCGGUGAACCAGAUUAUCCAGGUGUAUAUACUAGAGUGACAUCAUUUAUCAAAUGGAUCGAAGAUAACAUGAAUUAAAAUUAUAUUAAAAAAUGCCGUUUAACAUACAAUUUUGUGCAAUUGGUUUAUCUAUUUUCUAUUUUUCAAUAACAUCAAAUUUA